AUGUAUGACCGGCAAGAGAUGAUGACACGCCUCGCCAUUGCCGAGAAUGGGAACUUUUCCCAUGACCACUUCGACCUCUCGUCGCUGCGGCGAGCUGCCAGUGGCAGCGGCAGCAGCUUUGCCGACGAGGUGGAGGUGAGCAGCGCCUCUCGGCAGGAUGGCACAAGGUGGAGUGAUCAAGUUUCAGAGGCGGAGGAGGAGGCAGCCGCCAUGGAGCAGGAGGAGGCUCGACGAAACGAGGUGCUUGUUCAGGAUGACCAGCCGGAUGUCACCGAGCUUGGUGCGACAGAUGGGCACGAGGAGGAGGGUCAGGCAGAGCCCGGCGUGCAGCCGCCGGACGAGCUGGACCCUGCCGAUGAUGUCCAAGAGCAGGAGUUAGCUCAGACUGUGGAG